UUUGGAUUCCAGGUGAAUGAUCCGGACGCAGAACUCUGGGUGGUUGUGUAUAUGAUUCCUGCAGUGCUGACCUUGCUUGUUGGACUUAACCCUCUUGUCACAGGUAACCUCAUUUGGAAGAGUGUCUCCGCAGUACACGUGUUCUUUUGCGUGGUGUGGGCUGCCAGCUUGGCAUACCACCUCAUGCUUCAUGCACAGUGGAAUGUCUUACACGAGGAAGAAGGCAGGGAGCUGUUUGGUCUGGUGAUUAUCGCAACAUGGAUGAGUCUAUGCCACAGUUCAUCAAAGAAUCCAGUUGGAAGAAUUCAGUUGGUCGUUGCCACUGUAAUUGCUCUUUUCCCAUUUACUGCAUGGCUCUACAUAUAUAUUAACAAGGAUAUGCGUUCCUCCUGGCCAACUCACUGCAAGACAGUCAUUUAAAUGAAGAAUCCUGUUCUCAAAAUGAGAAUAUUCAAUUUUUAUAAACAUGGAUUUUAUUUUUUUAAUCCCAGGAAUUUUUUAAGGCUGACUACAGGGUUGGAUGGGACUAGUAAGAGACGGGGUCUGACAUCCUAUUGUGUCAUCAUAGUGUAGUACAAAAGGCAGUUGAAAAAAAGUUAAGAAAUAUGAAUUCUAACUCAGCUGCCUCACUAUCUAUGUGACUUGGGAAAUAUAAAAAACCUCCUGGUGGUUAUUUCUUUAUCUAUAAACCAGGAUUAAAACUAGAUCUACUUAUAAAGUUGGAAGGAUCAAACUAGAUAUUAUGAGAGCACUCUGAAAAUAUAAAGUGCUUACAAAGGGCUACUAUGCAUGAUUAAAAUACAGGGAAGCGGGGCUUGGUUAGUAUGACAGAAAUAGAGGUUCAAGAGGGGACUGUCUCCCUGACCUAAUCUCAUUACAUUUGUACAGUGCCAUGAACUAAAUGAGGACCCCAGAUGAAACAAAUAAGCAAGCAUGUCUUGGAAAGAAAGGAAAAUUAGAUAAAGGAAUUUGGAACCAAAAAGGAAACAAUAUCAAUUACACUGUAAAUAAAAAUAAGACUGAAAUCUAUACACAUUUGAAAAAAAUGAAUUUCAAAAGUAACCCUGGGGUGAGACCAUGUUAGAGCUGUCCUCUCCAAUACCGCAGCCACCAGCCACGUGUGCACUGAGCACUUGAAAUGUGUCUAGACGGAGGACGUUUUCUUUUCCAUUUUAAUUUAAAAACGUAUCAAUUCAGCUAUUAGAAAACUUACAAUGUUUGGAACACUUGUUUUAAGCAUGCUUGGAGUAAGUAUGUGAACCUACUGCAAAUUUUAUAUCUAAAUAUAGAUCAAGUAUUUCCAAUGAAGUUAGUGUCCAAAUGGAUGGGUUGAAGUAUAAUAUAUAUACUAGAUUUUAAAGACAUAGUAUAAUAAAUAUAAAAUUUUUAUAUUGAUUACAUGUUGAAAUAUUUUAGAUAUAUUGGGGUAAAUAAAACGUAUUGGAAGUUGA